CGCCUGUCUCUGUGAGACAAAACUGUCCUAAAAUAUGCGAUUCAGCUUUAUGAGUGCAUCUCCUUAGGUGUACUGAAUGUUCUCUCCGAUAAGAAAAGGUUAACAUUGUUUUCAUGUGAAUAUAAUGCACAUUUGGUACGGUAAUACGGAAACGCUGUAACUGUUUAUGUUUAAAGCUGAUGUGGGCUCACAGAUAUUGGUCAUAGGUCGUCAGGCCUGAAGUUUGACGUGUUACUCGGUUCCGGUCGCUGUCUUCUAGUCGUUGGCUGCUGAACAUUCACAUUCUGAUACAGGUCAUAUAUGGAAACAUCUUAAGAAGGCUCUCUAAAGUUCAUAAGCUCAUAUGUGACAGUUUUAUUUUUUUUUUACUGGAUCCCCGUCCCUCCACCUGUGCUCAACCCUGUAUUAAACUCUCACAGAAUUGAACUGUGAUCUCAAUUUAAACCGACACAGAUGCCUCGAUGGAGGACUUGUACCAGCAAACACUUUCAUUGGUCAAGCCCAGUAGCUCAAGGGCUGCUUUUGUGUGUUUUAACCUUUGGGGUGAUACUACCUAUAUGCUGUCAUCGUCUCCUUUACUCCUAUUAUUUUUUAAAGACUGUUUAUCUUGAUUCAUUAAGUGAUGCAGCACUACAAAAAAGCUAUGCCAGAGGCCAGGAAGCGCUGCAUUUCUGGGAAGCGGCAGCUUCUACGAAAAGCCUGAAAGACCCUUUGGAAACCGUUUCCAAGAAUCCGGAUCUCUUGAUCACCAUCGUUACGACCAGGAGAGCAGAGGGAAGGGACUAUCAUUACCUGUUACAGGUUGCACAACAGCUCCAUUCUCUCCUCAAAACGUGUGGCGAUAAACCAUGUGCUGAGGUCAUGCUGUGUGACGUCGAAAGCGGUCCCAGUUUAAAUGAGGAUGCUUUGCUUUUGGAGAAACAGUUUUUGGUUGUUAGACGUUCUCCAGAUGAAAGGUGGCAGAACAGAGACGUGACCAACAUCUUCGAGAAGGAGAAAAGAGAUUAUGUUUACUGUCUACGCAAAGGAUGGGACCUGAUGAGGCCGAAAAACGUUGUUGUCCUGGAGGAUGAUGCACUCCCGUUAACCGAUUUCUUUCCAUCGGUGAAGAACAUACUCUCGCGGAGAUUUGCGCUUAAUACUUUGUACAUAAAACUCUACCAUCCAGAACGACUUCAGAGAUACUGGAAUCCCGAGCCUUAUCGCAUUCUAGAAUGGAUGGGUCUCGGCCUGUUUGGGGCUACAAUCCUCCUCCUCUUGUUGUCUCACUAUACACCUCUUUCUUUUACCUUCUCCGCUCCUCAUUUUCUCUAUCUGGCUCUCUACGUAAUGGCCGUGGCUGAGCUGGCAGGGAGGCACUAUCUCCUGGAGAUCAGACGGCUUUCACCUCAGCUGUAUGCUGUGUGUCCAGCCACUGAAUGCUGCACCCCUGCUAUGCUUUAUCCAGGGAACGCCUCCAUUCGGACUGCUGAAUAUCUGGACCAGGUCAUCUGUGCUCAGGGAAAUGCGAAAGACAUGGUGCUGUACAAGAUAGCCAGAUCGAGGCCAGGUGAGAAGGCACACAGCGUUGAACCCAAUCUCAUCAAGCAUAUUGGAUCUUACUCCUCCGUCAGGAUGAACCCCAAUCCACCAAGAUUAUUAUGACAUGAGAUUAUUCUC